AUGACUCAACUUCCAACAAUUCCUCCCUACAAAGCUUUCUUACUAAAGUCUUUCAUUCCUGUCAAACAGACUAAUUACUUAAAGCGUAAAACGACAAAAAUUCUUCAAGUUAUCUGUACAAGAAUAUCUCAAAUACACCAGGUGAAUGCAUCUCUUAUUAUUAAAACUGUUGGUGCUCACAAUUGGCAGAAGAAAAGCAUUCACAAUGUUCAUCUUUCCAUUUCAAACAACAACAAACAUGACAUGAUUCUCAUUCCACUUUUCGACUUCACUAUGAAAUUAUAUUUUCUCGUGUGA